CCCUGACCCCUUUCUCAGUUCUGACUGAAGACUCACAGCUGAAAAAUUAGGGUUACUUUCUUGCAGAACCCCUGAAAAAUUAAUUAAAUCUAGUUCACGCUCCGAAGUGUGUAUAUAUAUAAAUUAAAAGUUCCUGAUUCUAUCUUUUCGUCUUGAACAAAAAGACAUUUCAGAUACUUUUGUUUCGGGCUUUGAAUCUCCAUUUGAUAUUCCAAUUUUGAACCACAAGGCAAGCAUUUUAAUUUGAUUUCCCCAAUUUUCUGGGCUACUUGGAUUACGACGGUUCAGAUAAAUUUUCCUUGCGGAGAAGUUGUUUCUGGAAGCAAGACAGAUCGAAAUGCUCUAACUUUUGUGUCGAUUUUUUGCCCAGUUCUCUGGUUUUUCGUUUACGAAAUCGAAAAUUAGAACAUGGGUUUUGGUCAAUUUUUCGAUUUGAUAGUGUUUUUUUUCCGUGAAUUUCUGUAGGAUUUGUUUGUGGGAUUGAGUUGUGCGUUUGAACUUGCAAAGGGGAUUGAGUUGUUUUUAUUUCUGGUUCUGUAAUUUCCAAAAUCUGCCCAUUCCGUAAUUGCAUUCGUAGCUAAAUUUGGCAAAAUCGUGUUUUCUUCUUAGGGAAAGUUGGUUUUUUGACAAGGAAGAUUUUCUGGGUCGGAUUCGGUUUGUUGGUAUUGCGCGUCUAUAUUCAUUGAAUUUACAGCAGUUGUUUUACCUUAUCUUUUGUUUGGUUGCCGAGAAAAUUCAUUAGAGGGAACAUUCGGAAACUUUUACCGACUCAGCCAAAAGAAUCAUACUUUGCUGAUGCCAUUUCCUGUUUAAGCUUUUUCUCAAUAUAUGUUAUGAAUGCUGAAACGUUUCCACUUCCACUCGUUAAGCCCGGGAUACUCUGCGCAACUGGAAAGAGAUCUUUGAGUGGAAAUGGCUGUGGCUUUUACCCAGCUUUCAUGGUGGUUGUGGAGUGGAAAGAAAAAAGAGCCUAUAAUCCCAAAGGGGUCCUCCUUAAAUUCUUCCCCUGAGUCGAGAAGGGUGAGGCGCAAAUGGUGUAGUCGGGAAGAACGGAAAAUUGAUAGGGAAUAUGAUGUUGUUCUUGUGCCAUCUGAGGGUGUAUGUGUUUCUGGUUCUGAGUCUGAGGACUCCGAUUGGUCGGUUGGAUGGUUGGAGCCUCUUGGACCUGGGUUCCCGAGUGAUGACGAUGCAGACGAUAGUUUUGCCGUGCUGGUUCCAUGCUAUGGCCAUGUUAUUCAUGAUAUGGUGGGGGAUUCAAAGAACAAUUUCUUGAGCACUGUUGGGAACAUCCCAGAUGGCCAUUCAGAUGAGAGCACGAAAUAUAUGGAAGAGUGGCUCUCUUCUCUGAGAAACAGCUGAUGCUGGAUGAAAUGGAUACCGGCCUGGUUUGAUGUAAUUACUUAGUAGUAGGGGACUGGCCAAUAUAACUUUGAGUAGCGGACAUGGCUUGUUAUGGAGGAUUCUAGUCCCAGUAUUGCCGGAAGGUGGUUUGCGUUCCUGCUGCCUUUGCCUUGGGAUUGGCUGGGAAGGAGGCUGCUGCUGCCGUCUUUCUCGCAGUUCAAAAUUAAGUACGGUACUGCUGUGUAUAGCUAAAAUCUUGAAAAAAAAAGAAAAAAAAAGAAGAGUUUUGGCUUGAGAAACUCUGAGGAAAAUGAAGAAAAUUGAGAAAAGGGAAAGAAAAGAGAUGGUGAUAUGUGAAUUAUUUGCCUUAAUUGUGAUUGUUGGAUGUAAAUAUGUGAAAGCAUGAGAGCUAGGCGGCUUAAUACUUCACCCUAAUAUUUGUUUGUAAAUAAUUUAGAAAUUGUAAAUAUUAUGUGAAAUAGAAGAGGUUCUUCCUAAUGUUAUUGUACAUAUUUGUAAUGUGUAAAUAAUCAUGUUGUAAACAAUUUGUGAAUAAUUAAAAGAAAAAAAAUUGUAAAUAA